AUGGAAACAAUAAACAAACUCAGCAGCUGUGAAACACCACCCGAACACCAUACUCUCCUGGCAGAAGGAACAUGUCUUCCCAGCCAAAAGACCUUGCUCCUUCUGAACAGCAGCAGGACUAAAGGUAAAGAAGGCUUUGGAGAAAUACGUGUCCUGUCUAACCACAAAGCCACCAAAGGCAGCAGUGCUGGGGCAACACAGAUGAUAAAGGUAUUUGAGAGAGUACACAGUUAUUUAGAGGCGAAGGCUAGAAAAGAGAUUAAACCAUUAAACUGGAAUAAACUUAUACUUGCAAAACAAGCAUCAGCUGUCCCCAUUGCCUUACCAGCAGCUCUGUCCCUCACUGCCCCUCUGGAUCAUGUCCUGCUGGCUGGUGCUGAGCCCAUCUCCUGCCCCCAAGUGUGGCAACUCAACGGGAGCAAAGAUGGUGGUGCUCUUGGUUCUCAGAAUGGUGUGAGCAGGCUUAGUGGGAUUGCUCUCCAGGCUGGCACAAGAUCAGGAGUCCUUGAGGACCAAGUGUCACUGUAUGCAGUUAACUGUCUCGCAACUCUCUGGCUGCGCUCCCCCGCCCUCCCGCCCCCUCCCCGGGCCUGCGCCUGCCUUUGUGUGCGUCUGCCUGUCACUACCAAGGAACCCAAUGAAGCUGAUUCGGGAGAAGCACAAAGCCAGGACACAGAUUUGCCCACAAAUUCUCUCACACACUUUCCCCAGGCUGGAAGGAACAGCUCAGCGCAGAGCUUCUGUAUCUUGAGAAAACGAUCCAGCAGCGGCAGUCGGGGCUCCUUUCUAACAAAUCCUAAAGGGCAGCCAUCUUGCUUCCUUCUGCUCCUCUACGAAAGCAGCCUAGCCUCCGCAUCAAUAUUCAUAAGGCAGUUUGACGUCCCUUCUCAUCACUCGGCGGGGCCGGCGUCUCGGAGCGGCCGCGCCGAGUGGGCGGACGUGACUCGCAUGCGAGCCGGGCCUGGGCGCGCGGCGCUGGAGGAGGCGGCCCCGGCCCUGCGCCUCCGCCGGGCCUCCGCGGCCGCUCCGCUCCUGCGCCCGAGCCGCCUCCGCUCCGCCCCGGCCGUCCCCAGCUCCGCCCCGGCCGCCACCGCCGCCGCCCAGGCCCCCCGAGUCCCGGCGCCCGGGGAGGCGGCCCCCGGCCGGGACGUCCCGCGCAGAGGCUGCGGCACCCGGGGCGGCUCGGCGGGGCGAGCGCGGGGGAGCGGCGGGUGCAGAGGUGCGCGGCGGGCGAGCCGGGACCCUGGGGACGCGGGCUGCGUCUUCCCUCCCCGGGAAGACCUGGGGCGGACGCUGACGGGGCGGUGGCGGGAGUGCUUGGACUAG